AUGUUUGGUCAAAUCUUCUGGCUGGAGUUUUUAGUCAUAAUCUUAAUUUUUGACCCGGCGACAUUUGCGGAACAAAAUCAUGAAGAGUAAGUCUUUUAAGGGUGUUUUUGAAAUACAUAUGUUUAGCUCACAAAGUGAGUAUUGCACGGUCAUCGAGAAGACCCACUAACGCUUUACCUCUAUGACGUUCCGUUGUUAGAUGACUUUUCCUAUGUACUCAUGGCCAAUACCAAAUCAUCCCAUAAGCUUUGAUCUCUGUCCAUCAAUCGUAAAAUAAUUUUGGGAUCAGGGUAAUCCUACUGAGUAUAUCACUGAUAAACUCAGAGGAAACGUGGUAAUAAAUCACUCUGUAUCAUUAACAUGGAUUGUAAUUAAUUUUAUCUAAUUUUCCACUCCAUUCUCGAGCAUCUUCAUUUCUGAGUCGUAGACCAGGCGUGACAAAAUGGCGAGGUCAGCAAACGAUGGAUAUUGAUUUCUGUAAGCCUUAAUCUCCAUUAAUCUGACCGGACUGUUCGUAUACUACUUAGAUAAAUGGCCACAUUUUCUUACGAACCGUUCUUCUUUUUUUGUCAAGGAAAAUGGUACAGCAAUGUGGUGAUUUUGCAAUCUAUUUUCAGAAGCAGAAAGGCUUAUGAAAAAAAAAACCGCACUUAUAUAUAUUCAUCAGUUUCGGCGAGAUAAUGAUCUGUUGGUGAGCUCAAUGAUCAAUUUUUUUUUGGACUUAUUCUCAACACUGUAGGUAUUUUCGGCUUCAAAACUUGGAAGCAUUCAAUUUUUGUCAAGCGAUUGUUUUGGCAAAAAUAGAAAGUUAUGUCUCGCUAAUUGGCUUGCAAUUCAUACCAAAAAAACUAUGGAUAAUGAGUAUCAUUCUGCUUAAAAUUCAGAUUCAUUCUGUAUGGUGGCCAUCCCUGAAAGACAAACAACCGUUCUUGUUUAUUACCACUCUGAUGGUGUCUUCUCAUAGCGAUAUUUUCAGUAUUAGCUUUCAUUAAUUCCUUUGCAUUAUUUCCUUCGUGAUGUCGUAACUUUUCUUGAAUUCGUCCCAGUCAUGACCUAGAGACAGAAAGAACAGCGAACGCCACCAAUACUUUGAAUUUACUGUUAAAUAGCCAUGACAAGAGACUGAGACCAAAGUUUGGAGGUAAGAUUUUGAAAGGAGAACUGCAGUUAUCUGAGUUUGAUUUUCUUUCUCACCCCAGUUGUUUGGAAUAAAGAUAAUAAAUUUAAUUGCCAAGGACACCAUGAGGAAAAAUUAUAGAGCGACUGCGCAUCUUUUGGAGGACACGACUUAGAUAACAUUUCGUUUUCUUUUUGAUUAUCAUAAAAAUUUGUUUAAAAAGGAUAUCCCCCUAUAGGAGGAAGCCUUACCUCCAGACGACAACAAAAAAAAAAUUAGCCCAUAGGUUUAUACUCUUUUAAAAGGAGCAAAGUGAUAAAAAUAGCGGCAGAAAAUGACAUUAAGGAAAAAGCACGCAUGCCAUUUUUUUUCCUUUUCAUCUUUAUUUCAUUAGGAAGGCCAGUAACCGUCUACGUUGACUUAUACAUUGUUGAUAUUGGUGACAUUUCGGUGACCAAUAUGGUAAGAUAUUUUAGUUCUGAUUAAUAAGGCUUUUAGUUAAAAAAAGAUACCGAUUCUGAUAAAAGACAAGGGCAAAAUGCAAUCCAAUCUUCUUCAGCACCUAAUAAGCAAAAUUAAGGAGGCUUAUAUAGUGAGGGAGCAGAUAUUUUGAGUCCUUCAACAAGAUAAAAACCAGUUUAUUUAACUAGAGUUCAAUAAUAAAAAGAUUACGUUUAAUUUCAUAUUGUUAAUGCAAAAAAAGCCAAACUGAAUUAAUGUAUUUGUCUGUUUAAAGGAAAAUUUUCAGAUUCAGUGAUCAGCGUUGAGAUAAAUGGAAGCCCUACAUGUAUACUUCAAAAUGCGUUUUUUUGUUUGCCUUUUUUGUUUGUUUUCUUGUUGCUCUGUUCUUCACUUAGCUGAUUGUGUUUUGUUUCUCCAAUUCUACUAAAAAGGAUUAUAGAAUGACAAUGUAUUUUCGUCAAACAUGGGAGGAUCCUCGGCUCAGAUUCAAUGGCACCUCUCAGAUUGUGGCUCAAGGAGACCUACUGGACAAAAUUUGGAUCCCAGACACUUAUUUUAAUAGUGAAAAGAGGUCAAAUUUCCACGAGAUCACUAAGAAAAAUUAUGUGUUGAUAUUUUGGCCCAAUGGAACAGUAUUCUUUAGUAUAAGGUAAGACCAAGCUGCAUGGUACUCUAAUGGAAUUCUUUUUCAUCGUGGUUAGAAUCGUCAUUACAAUUCCGAGUGGCAAUUCAUCGAUAAGUUUAUCAAUGAUUUUAGGGUAUACUAGCAAAAGACUUUUGAUUCGAAAAUAACAGAGAGUACUCUGUUGCAGGAUUUCAGUCACUGGUGUUUGUCGAAUGAAGCUACGCAAAUACCCCAUGGACAGUCAAAAGUGUGAACUGAACAUCGUAAGCUGUAAGAAGAAUAAAUAGCUGUUAUUUUAUAAUCUUAUGUUAUAAGAGAAGCGAAGUAAAUAAACCUACACUUUUUUUUUAGACGGUUUCUUUUCGUUCAUCUUUGGAGGGCCACAUUAACGCGUCUGUUGAUAGUAAUAAUCGUAUUAUUGUUAAUAUUAUAUUUUUCUUUGAAAAAGUGUCAACAGGACCUGGAAGGUGGGGCUUGACUUUCUCUUCGCUUACUUGUUUAGUGUAAAAUUCCCUUUCAUAUUUCAUGAUGCACAACUGUAAACAAUCUUGCAUUUACCCUCAGAUUCUUACUCAGAGGCUGAUGCCAUAUACACGUGGAAAAGGGGUCACGAGCAUUCAAUAGAACAAGCUCCUGAUAUCUCCCUCCCACAGAUGGAUUUAGUGAAAAUCCAAAGUUCGGAGACAACAGAUGUGUACUCCACAGGUAGGACCAACAACAAGGACUUAGAGCAAAACAAACAAACAAAAAUUCUACGCAUUUCGUGUAUCAUCAUCCUAUUUGGAAAAAAAAUAUAUACUUUCCUGGAAAUCAAUUGCGAACGUAAUCCAACUCUACCCAGUGACAAACAAUCCCCCCUUGGAGUUAUUACUCUUCAUUUUGGCUUAUUAAAACAGAUCAAAUGGACCAAUUUCUAUCUGUACCCUGAAAUACCGCUUUAAAACAAUGAUCACAUGAGGCUGUAAGUAGGGAUAAUGGUAAAUAAAUCUCCUUGUCAAAACACUAACUGAUAACCUAAAGUGGUUGCCUUCUAUGCAUUUAUAAUUAAAUCUCAAGACCUAAAAACAAACUCAGUUAUCAGACCCUAUUGCAUUGAUGCUCACCCACGAUUUUACUUUCAGGGAACUAUUCAAGACUUAGUUUGACGUUUACUUUUAAGAGGAGACUAAGUUUGUUUAUAACGGAGACGUACAUCCCAUCUAUUAUAAUUGUGGCCUUGUCCUGGAUAUCGUUUUGGAUAAACUACAAGGCAGCGCCAGCAAGAGUUGCGCUCUGUAUCACAACGGUGAGACAUGACUAAAAGUAAUGACAAUAACAGAACUGUAAGUUCAUCAGCACAUCGAAGAAAUGAUUAUUAAAGAAAGCGUAUAGGUUGUCACAGACGUGGAAAAAAUUGUUUUCACGUCAUUUGAAACCCUGGUCGACGGAUUAUGCGCUUUGAUGCAUAAACGAGCAGGAAUAAUGCACCUAUAAAAUUCAUGUAGUAUUUGUGUUAGAAAAUGUGUUUGUAUUUACGUCGAUUGUUGUAAGAUAAGGUAAAAAUCAUGUAUCCAAAGUUCAUCAACAUUAAGCCUGUGGAAAUGGAAAUUAAGCCAAUGGAAAUGUUUUUAAUUUCGAAUUGAAAGGUUAGGACACCCGCGUCCAAAAAUCAAAACUUUGCCCUCUCUUUUUUUACUGACUGCGUUGCAUUUUCGGUUUUAACAGUUCGUUUACGAUGGACUUGUUCAUUAGUAAAAUCAAAACAGAAAAAGCAUAGUUUGCUUUCAAGAUAUAUCCCUUUUAACAGAGGAUGUCCUUGUUAUACCAUUAUUAAACAAUUCCACGUCUUUUCUAGGUCCUUACCAUGAUAACUCUUACCGCAGCAGUUCAGAAUUCUCUGCCUCGAGUAACUUACACAAAGUACAGUGAUUGGAUACUGAUGCUGUGUCUAGUGUAUGUAUUUGGCGCCCUGGUUGAAUUUGCCAUCAUCAACUUCCAUGAUAGCUUGGAGACGAGAAAGAAAGAUAAACUGAACAGGAAACUUAGGAAUGUUGACGUCGAAAAAGGGGUUUGUCAUAAUGAUUCCAUUUUCAUCAUCAUGAUAGUUGCCGUUAUCAUCAUCACUUUUAUUAUUCUUAGUUUGUGUGUCCGUCUUUUUUAACUUAUAUAAAUCGAUUACUUAAGGGGAAAACAACGCAUCUUGCAAAUUCCGUGGCAUAGAGGAGAAUAUAUAAAUAUAUAUCUUAUUAGACGUUCUGGUGUGUAGUAUCUCUGAGUGUUUUUACGGGUGGUGCCGUAUUUUGACGAGCCCGUAAGGCGAAUCAAGAUACAAACAACGAGUCCUUACGCCCACUCAAUUUAAAUUGUCGUAUCGGUAAAUAAAAUAGAUUCUAUGAACCUCAUUCGAAUAGCACCUCUGAUUUGGAUGUUACCCUUUCGUUCUACAUUCAUCUUCGUUUUGUUCUGCUCUCUCUCUGUCUUCUGCAAACACAUUUUUUAAAAUGGAUUCGUAUUCAGGUCUACACUUAUAUGCUUAUUUGCAUGGUUUAUCUGCUUUCCAUCCAUUGUUAAUUUCCUGACAUGACACUCUAUCCACUAGAGUGACACAGGUGAUGGAGAAGGCGGAGAUCUCAAGACGAAAUACUUGCAGCGUCAACUGUCUUCUUUGCGGGAGAAAAUUAAGUCAUUUGGGGAGCAAGACAUCAAUGUACAAAGGAUUGACAGCCGCAGUAGAAUACUGUUUCCAUUGACAUUUCUUAUGAUCAACCUAAUGCUUUGGAUUUACUUCGUUAUCGAUUCUGCAGAAGACUAA